AUGUUGCCUGACUACCUCCGAGACAGCUACAAGACCUACAAGCGAGACACUGAUACUAUCGCCAACUGGCUUGCAACCACCGCCAAAAGAUGUGGCUUCUCUCCAGAAGUGCUUAACGAUAGCGACGACGGAAACAGUCAACCUCCUGGACACCCGUCUGGUGUUCCUUCCUCGAGAUUGAAGGGGAAAGCUCGCAAGCUUGCUAGGGACGUUGCUGCCAGAGAUGACAUCGGUUCAACAUCUCCACGAACUUACACCAUACCAAUUAGGUCUUUCACCCGACUUGCAUCACAAAUAGUUGCAUCUUCGACAAAGCCACACGUCGUAGUCCCAGCGGCCUUAGACUUCGUCCUCGAUCGUGUUAUUGCCUUCCGCAAGGAACAUAAUACCUGGUUCAAGAAUACCAAGCUUGCUACAGCAGCACCUGCGGAUGGUGACAGCCAUGCGUACUUCAUCUCCGUCCUCGAGCAUGUACGUCAUAUACUACGGCCUCAUAUGGCUGAGAGGAUCAGGACCCAAUCUAUGAAAGAGAGUCUCGCAAACUCUGAGCAGAGCAAAAAUGCCACACCACGGAACGAUAAUGCUUUCGAAGCCCUUGAGGUAGAAGAAUUGUCCGACACCUUUCUCAAUGCCUCGAUCUCGGAGACCGUACCCGAAUGCGAGUCCGACCCCAGCGCGCACGUUCGUUAUCGAGCCGAGAGUCUGAGGAAGAAAGACGAACACUUCAUCGAUACUGUUUUCCUUCUGGAGAGCAUCAAUCGGAUACGCGAUCACAUCGAAAGCUUGUGGAAGGCUUAUCUCAACAAAAAGAUUGAUUUACAAGCAGCCGCGAUAGCCACCAACACCGCGGUCGAGAUAGUUCGGCAGCUGCAGGAGGAUCACGACAAACGAUUCCACGAUCAAGCCGGCUUUCAAACAUGUAUGAUCCCAUCCUUCGUUAUAUUGUGCGGCUUCGCCGGCGUGGAUGUGCUGAAGUACGAGCAACCCACCGAUCCCUAUAACUUUGCUGCCUACCAUACCGCUGAUAAAACUUUGUUGAAUGCUUACUUCGUGCUCGAGAAAUUCAAAUUGAGCACUUGCAAGGUUUCCGGUCAGGUGGUCGUUGUCGGCAAUCCAGCGACCAUGUAUCGCGACACUUCCACUCCAUGGUCUCAGAAGUCAGCAAGAGACAAGUUUGCCGAUGAUAAAUAUGUCCUAUUUAGAGCUUUCACUGGACUGACUGCCUUGGCAGCGUCGAACGACUGGGUUGAGGACGAGUUCGUUCGAGGUAUUCGAGAAAUGGCACCCGACAAACCAAUUCCUCUUUGGCUCUCAUUUGCGGCCCAGAUCUAUCUCGACGUCCAGCAUAUCCUUGGCUCGGACCUUGAAAGACCCUAUUUGGAAGCGAAGAAAGCAGGAAGAUUCAUCAAGGCAUCACUUGAUCAAACUGUAGCCUUCCACGAAGGGCAGGAGUCUGACCUUUUGAACCCCAAAUUCUGUUCUGAAAUUCGCCGUCAUAUGCAGAAAACAACCAAGUAUAUCGAAACCAUGUUGGUCACGAAUACAAUGGACCAAAAACUCGAAAAGCUGGCCAAGGCUGAGAGAUGGCCACCAUUCAAUUUUUUCCAACAAAGUCCUGUUAUAUGUGGACUCAAUCUGUUCGGCGGAAGAUAUACGAUGCAGCGCUCCAGCAUUUCCUGCGUUAGACCCUGGUUUGUCACGCUAUAUUGUGCACACCUGUACAACACACUGAAGGUACAGGGUCUUGUCGGACGCUGGGAUGACAUGGAAACACUUUUGAAGCUUCAGUGCAGCGACAGAAUCUUUAUGGGAAGCACACCAAAGACUCUAGUUGAUUGUUCGAAGCGCUUCGAUCUCUGCAACGGGAUGUCAAUCAUCAACAGUGCAAGCAACAAACGGAACAAAGAGAAGACGAUAUUCAAUGAUAGUCUCUGCCGCAACGUGGAGGAUCACAUACCGGUUGCCGAUCUGAUAGGCGGUCGUUACAUGCGCUAUGUCAAUGUCUCUACCUCCACUGAUUUCGUCGCUCUCGAACUCAAGAUCAAAGCUUUGCGCGCUGAGAAGAUCUCAAAGGUAUCAUCGUCAUCAACUCCUUCGACUGAGCCUGAAGUGAAGACGACUGCAAAAGUCAAAGGAGUUGGAGCAGCGAAAGGUAUCAACAAUCAAGCACUCACAGCUCCCGAAUUUCUCGAUGGUCUGGCAGCGGCAAUCCACCGUGAAGGCAUGCACCUGACCUUCGACUAUCUUCGCCUCCAUCGGACUUGCUUCACCAUCCUCGCCAACAUCAAAGCAGAAGUUGCUCUGGAACUCAACAGUAUAUUUCCUCUGCAUUCACCAAUUCUGGUCAGCAACAUCUUGUUGUUCUGUGCCAACAUGGAAAAGGCACAUCAGACUGCAACUCGCAGCACUGAAAAGCACAAUUGUGAAUUGCUUGUCCGAGUGGCAGGUUGUGUCAACAAGAUGGUAGAGGGCAAGGCUGGAAGUAUUGGUAUCGACAUCAUCAAGAAGACUUUCGACUAUGAGUGA